CCUCGCCACGCCAGUCUCUGUUACCAGCGUAUACUUUUCCUUCACCGUAACGAAUCACAGAGGGCACUGCCGACUCUUCCGCGUCCUUCGCCGAAGCCAAUCCAAAUCGCCGCCUCCAAACGCGAGAGGGCAAUCGAUCUUUCUUGUUCUUCCUCUUUUCGGGAAUUUAGUUUAUUCUGAUGGCUGCAACUGGUGAGCCGCUGUACCCAAUAGCUGUGCUGAUAGAUGAAUUAAAGAAUGAAGAUAUUCAACUACGGCUAAACUCUAUCCGGAAACUUUCUACUAUUGCACGGGCACUUGGCGAGGAGAGGACCAGAAAAGAAUUAAUUCCAUUUCUUAGUGAAAACAAUGAUGAUGAUGAUGAAGUUCUUCUCGCAAUGGCAGAAGAGUUGGGUGUGUUCAUUCCAUAUGUUGGUGGUGUGGGCUAUGCUCAUGUUUUGCUUCCUCCACUAGAGACAUUGUGUACUGUAGAGGAAACUUGUGUUAGAGACAAGGCUGUUGAGUCACUUUGUCGUAUUGGAGCGCAAAUGAAGGAAAGCGAUUUGGUGGGUUGGUUUGCCCCUUUGGUAAAGAGACUAGCAACUGGUGAGUGGUUUACUUCUCGGGUUUCCUCGUGUGGUCUCUUUCAUAUUGCUUACCCGAGUGCACCAGAUCAGUUGAAGGUUGAACUAAGGUCCAUAUAUGGUCAGCUGUGCCAAGAUGACACGCCUAUGGUGAGAAGAGCUGCUGCAUCAAAUUUAGGCAAAUUUGCUGCUACUGUUGAACCAAGCCAUUUGAAGACUGACAUCAUGUCAAUGUUUGAGGAUCUAACACAAGAUGAUCAAGAUUCUGUGCGCCUGUUGGCUGUUGAGGGUUGUGCAGCACUUGGAAAAUUGCUGGAAUCCCAGGAAUGCAUUGCACAUAUCCUUCCAGUCAUUGUCAAUUUCUCACAGGAUAAAUCAUGGCGUGUCCGCUAUAUGGUUGCAAAUCAAUUAUAUGAGCUUUGUGAGGCUGUUGGCCCUGAAGCUACCAGGAUUGAUCUUGUACCAGCAUAUGUUCGGCUUCUUCAUGAUAAUGAGGCUGAAGUGCGCAUAGCAGCUGCCGGGAAGGUGACAAAAUUUUGUCAGAUUUUAAGUCCAGAACUUGCAAUUCAGCAUAUUAUUCCAUGUGUAAAGGAAUUGUCAUCAGAUUCUUCACAGCAUGUUCGCUCAGCUUUAGCUUCAGUAAUUAUGGGGAUGGCACCGAUCUUAGGAAAGGAUGCAACUAUUGAACAACUUCUUCCAAUUUUUCUUUCCCUUUUAAAAGAUGAGUUUCCAGAUGUCCGGCUCAAUAUAAUCAGCAAACUAGAUCAAGUAAAUCAGGUUAUUGGAAUUGAUUUGCUGUCGCAAUCUCUCUUACCUGCCAUUGUUGAGCUUGCAGAGGAUAGACAUUGGCGAGUUCGGCUCGCCAUAAUUGAAUAUAUCCCUUUGCUGGCAAGUCAAUUAGGUGUUGGAUUUUUUGAUGAUAAACUUGGUUCUCUUUGCAUGCAAUGGUUGGAAGAUAAGGUCUUCUCCAUAAGAGAAGCAGCUGCUAACAACUUGAAACGCCUUGCAGAAGAGUUUGGCCCAGAAUGGGCAAUGCAGCACAUAAUUCCACAGGUGCUGGAGAAGAUCAAUAAUCCACAUUACUUGUAUCGUAUGACCAUUCUACAAGCGAUUUCUCUGCUGGCCCCUGUCAUGGGUGCCGACAUCACAUGCCAAAAGCUAUUGCCCGUAGUAAUUUCUUUAUCGAAGGACAGGGUGCCCAACAUCAAGUUCAAUGUCGCAAAGGUUUUGCAGUCACUUGUACCCAUCGUUGGCCAAUCUGGGGUGGAGGUAACAAUUCGUCCGUGUCUGGUCGAGCUCAGUGAGGAUCCAGAUGUGGAUGUCAGAUACUUCGCAGGCCAAGCACUACAGGCGUGCGACCAGGUUAUGGUAUCAGGCUAGGAUUGCAUUUGAUGCCUCCUGAUACACCUGGAUCUUUUAUAUCCACAUCAUUACCUGGCAACUUAUUCUCUGUCUAGGUUCCCUUAGUUCUCAAUUGUGACCAUAGGAAAAUUACUUCUAUUAUUUUUACCAGUCUCUGCUUUACUUGUUAUAGAUGGAGAUUUUGUGUUUUGUUUUUUAUUUUUCUUCAAGCAAGCUUCUUGUUAGUUUCUUGUUUCUGUUGAAAACGAAUAAGCAAACCAGUCUAUGAUUGAAAAUUUUGAUGCCUUGUUUUAUGCUUA